CCCAAUCAACAUUCAACUUCUAUGUGUCCAAGCUAUGAAGCAGUGCUAAGUGGGAAUAUGAUGCGAAGAAGAAUGAUAGCAGUUCUUGUACUUUUCCUCUGUGCAACAUCUGCCAUGACGCAACAGUUCCAGUUAUGGAAUCAAUAUCCAGAAUCGAAUGGAAACUACAUCGUUCCAUACAAGUUCACCGGCACCUACAGUCCUGAGCAGCUCUCGAUGAUCACAACUGCUAUGCAGAAGAUCGCUGACAACACUUGUGUUGAAUUUAAACGUUGUACAGACGAAGAAGAGUUUGUCGACAUAGUCAACAAAAUAGACGGGUCAUGCGGUGCAAACGUGGGAAGAACCGGGGAGAAAAGAAUAUACCUUGAGUCGAAUGAAAAUGAAAACUGUAUGAACGAAAAAACCGUAAUGGUAAAUCUUUUACAUAGCUUGGGACUGAGUUUCGAGCAUCAGCGAGUGGAUAGAGACAAGUACAUCACAGUGCAUUUCGAGAACAUUGCAGAUCCGCAUUUGCGCCUAUUCCUAAGUGAAGCUGAUUUGACGCAAAAUUAUCUUAGCGUUCCGUACGACUAUUUGUCUAUCAUGCAUGGCGAAAAGAAUGCUUAUGCAAAACCAGGCACAACUACCAUUGAAACUCUCGAUCCUACCUAUCAGGACCAAAUUGGUACAGCAACCGAGCCUUCAGCUCACGACUAUGAGAAGAUCAAUCUGCUCUUCAAGUGCGACAAACAUUAGAUCAUGUUUCGCACCUUUCGUUUCACGCAUAAAGCACUGCAAGUCAA